AUGGAUUCGGGCUCGCCCUCCCCGAAGCAAAAGGCCUUCAAACAGGCCUGCGAUCAUUGUAGGAGGAGAAAAAUCAAGUGUGACAGGAUGCUGCCGUGUGACAAGUGCCAGCGACUGCUUCUCUCAUGCUCUUACAAAGACCUUCUCAGGCGGAAAGGCCCCAAGUUUCGAACGAUCUUUCCCCUGGCUCCCAUCCACCCAUUAGCGGCGCGACAGGGACAGCUCCUUCAGUGCGACCCGCAGCAAUACUCUACAGACCGAGGAUGGCUCACCGAUACGAAAAGCUACAACUCCCCGCCCUUCACGGUGGAAGAGCCUCAAUAUCUAGCCCCAGAUCUCCCAGACUCGUUUAGCCGGCUGCCACCCCCCGAACUCGUCUCUUCCCCCGGUUCCACAAAUUCUUAUUCCGACUCGCCUGCAGGGGCCACGCUGCCUUGUCCGCGCAUUUUGACUCCUCCUGUGCUUCUUGCCCACGUUAACGUCUACUUGAAGUACAUGUUUCCCAUUAUGCCUGUAGUCCGAAGGGAAGAACUUCAACAGGACUGCCACCACCCACAACGCUUGUCUCCACAACGAUACGCCUUUCUAGCCUGUCUUUGCGCAGCAACACAUAUCCAGCUGAAGUUAGACGGAACAACUUCCGUAUCUGACACCUCUCACAUGCACACAGGCGUUGAUGGGAGCUCAUUGAUGUCGGGGGAAGAGCUUCUUACAGAGGCCGUGCGCGCAAGAAAAGAAUGUGAUCCGAUCGAAGACAUGAAUGUGGAAAGUCUUUUAACCUCAUUCUUUCUCUUUGCGGCCUACGGCAAUCUGGAUCGCCAGGAUUAUGCAUGGUUUUACCUGUGCCAGGCGACUUCAAUGAUAUUCACGCUAGGGCUUCAUCGCGAGUCGACGUACUCCGAGAUGACCAGAGACGAAGCAGAGGACAGGCGAAGGAUUUUUUGGCUAUUAUUUAUCACCGAAAGGGGUUACGCCUUGCAGCAGGCCAAGCCGGUGAUGCUCCGCAACUCCAUCCACAAACCGCAGGUUCUCUGCUCCGACGACCCUAUCCUCGCCUACGGUUUUAUCAACCUGAUUGGUAUCUUUGAGAAUCUCAGUCCGACCCUGUAUGAUUGGGUUUCGGCAGGAGGAAAGAGGCACGAAUCGCUGGAAAUGCCGCCUACAUCUGCCAUUCAAACCAGCCUCAGCAAGCCGAUAUCCCUUGAUGGUGUUUUGGAAAUCCAAAGGAUCGACAUCCUAAUCACUCAACAAUGGCUACAGGCAAUGAUGUGGAAGCUCUCCAUCACUCGCGCUUCGCAGCCGGGCUCUAGGAAUGAGACUGUCCUACCAUUUCAUCUCCCAGUGUUAGUGGGCAAGGCAGCCAUGUCCGUCUUAGCAGACGCGUCUGCGAGCGCUAUAGAUGCGCACGGGAUUGGUAUGGAGCAAAAACUAUUCGACCUCGGAGUAUCCGUAGCAGACGUAUCCCGCUCCCUCUCAACAACGGCCUCCCAUAGCCUGGCAGAGUCCAUCAUCGAGCCGCGCGAAUUACUGUGGGGCAUCCUCAGCACGCUCUCCCGAAUUCGGGGCUCCCAAUCCUACCUCUUCCCAUCGCUCCUCGAGCGCUCAAAGGCCGUUCUAGGCUUCGAUUUUUCACUGACCAUGGGCAAUUACCUUCCUCCGCUCCCUCCCUCCAUCUCAUCUGAACACGCCCCGUCAUGGGCUGCAUCAGAAGACUCCCAUCCAAGGGCGGCCAGCAAUACAUGGGACGUUGUCUCUCUGGCUGAUGACCUUGGUGAUAGCGCUGACACUGUGGAGUCGGUGUCUGGAAUGCUGCCGCCGACGUCUAUACCUGCGGACCUUACCUUCCAACCCCGGAGCCUGUUGCCAUAA